AUGAUUCAGUCUUCAGGCGAUCAGGAUAUCCGGCGAUCCUUUCUUCCGGUGAUUGAAAGAUCCGGCGAUCAGGAAUUUAGACGAUCAGAAGAUCGGGCGAUCAUGUCUUCGGCGAUUAGAAUAUCUAGCGAUCCAGUGAUCCGGCGAUCAGGAAAUUGGGCGAUUCAGUCUCCAGGCAAACAGGAGAUCCGGCUUUCGGCGAUUAGAAAAUCCAGCGAUCCAGUGAUCCGGCGAGCAGAAAAUCGACGAUCCAGUGAUAGACGAUCAGGAGAUUGGAUGAUUCAGUCUUCAGGCGAUCAGGAUAUCCGGCGAUCCUUUCAUCCGGUGAUUGGAAGAUCCGGCGAUCAGGAAUUUAGACGAUCUGAAGAUCCGGUGAUCAUGUCUUCGGCGAUUAGAUUAUCCAGCGAUCUAGUGAUUCGGCGAUCAGGAAAUUGGGCGAUUCAGUCUUCAGGCAAACAGGAAAUCCGAAUAUCCGGCCAUUUAGUCAUCCGGAGAUCCAAUGAUCCGGCCAUCAGGAGAUCUGGUUAUCCAGGGAUCCAACGAUCCUGUCCUGUGAUGAUUAAAAGGUCCGGCGAUCCAUUAAUACUGCGAUCAGAAGAUUCGGCGAUUCAGUCUUUAGGCGAUCAGGAGAUCCGGCGAUCCCGUCUUCCAGCGAUUAGAAGAUCCGUUGAUCCAUUCCUCCUGUGA